CAUAUUAUUACAGAAUAUUAGAGUGUAAUACAUCAUCACAUCAAUUUGUUUUCGUUGUAGAUACUGUUUAAUUGGUUUUGCGUGUUCGAGUGUUUUCAGUUUCAAACGCCCACGUUGUGGUGUAGAGCCACGUGGAUGAAAAUUUUUCACGUGAAAGAAAACAGAAACAAUGCUUAUUUUAACACUGUUGACCAUAUUAGUUGAUAUUUUCUUUGUUCAAAGCACUUCAGCACAGUACGGAGAGAUACGCCAACCUGAAUGUUCGCUGUCAUCUGAAGGCAAAAUCGUUAAUUAUGCCAUCAAAUCGAACGUUACAUUUCCAUUUUCAAUUCUCAACUAUUCCUUGCAGUUAUGCAAAGGACAUACUUGUUUAAGUAUGAAACAUUUCAAAGUAUAUAGACACACGCGUUGCCGUUUUGUUGAUAGAAAGUUACAUUGUCCUGUCCCGGUUUUUGGCAAUGUAUAUAUAAUACGAUUGAAAGGAGGAAAUAGUUCUUAUAAUUUUACCACCAAGCCGACAUUUCUACCAAGUAAUUGUUCGUGCGAUAUAAAAUCGGUCAGACCAGAAAUUCACUUUAAUCAAGAAACUCGAAAGUUGUCUUAUCGUUAUAAUUUAAAAAAAUUUGUCGUUAACCAAUUAAAAUUGAAGUCCAGAAUUUUAUACAAGGAGAUUGGUCAAAAUACAACAUCUUUUUUAACUGUCACACAUUGUUUGAAUGGAGCGCCGUUACAAAGAGGAAAAACUGAUUGGGAGUGUCAGUUAAAAUUAAACCCGUGCAAACAGUAUACUGUCUGUGUGGAAACAAAAGUUGAUUCUUGUGAAAGAGAUUUAAGAUGUUUUGAUAUUAAGUCACAUGGUCCCACAGAGUUGAUAACCGAAGCCAUAAGACCAAAUAUUACGAGAUGUAGCACGGAAGAUUAUAAUCUGUUUGUUUCUCUGAUAAAAGGCGCUCACAAAAAUAUAACUUAUUAUGUCGAAGUGUCUGAAAUGAUAAGAACUGAUGCGGUUUUAUAUAAUGGUACCAUGUCGAAUGAAACUAUAAAGUUGACUAACUCAAUUCGAAGACCGGUUCACCUUGCCAUCAAAAGUUGUCAGGACUGUUAUUGUAGUGCGCCGGUUACGGCAAUAUGUGAACCAAUCAAAAUAGGUGAACAGAAAGAUUCAAUUGAGCGUAAAAAGUCGAUAAUUUUAGUUGUGAGUGUCGCGCCAAUAGCAUUUAUUGUGGUUCUGUUGUCUAUGGUGUACAUCUAUCGACAUUUUCGGCAUAAACAGGUCAAAAAUGACGAAUACACGGUGACAGUGUCGAAUGGCGUCGUAGAUGAAAACGUUAUAAUGGACGAGGUUCGCUAUGUAAAACCUGUGGUGUCGUACGCCGAUGUUUAUGAUGACAAUGAGGAGGAAGUGUACAAUAAGAUUAUACCGAUCGAAUCACAACAGUAAGAUUUCUGGAUAUCUUUUGUAGUUGAAAUCCACAGUAUGAGGCUAUUUAUAUGGAAGCCGAAACAGCCUGGUUGCAGGGCCAGCCCGUUUGCCGUGAUCUCGCCUAAACGCUAUUUUUAAAGAAAUUUAAAAUUUCUCUAAAAGACUUUAUGGCUGGCUGGCCUGCUUGCUCCCCUCUCCCCUAUUUUACCCGAGUUCAUGGCAAGUGGGCUGGAUAAAUCCCCAUAUAAGCAGUAACAACACGGGCUGGUCCUAGGCGAGAUGGUUUAUUAUAAUCACGUAAUUAUAUUCUUUUGUUUUGACACUAAUUUUUUUUGUUCUGUAUUAUUUAAUGUUUUCAUUGUUCAAAGCCAGCCCGCCUAACCGAGGUAGUCUUUCUUUUGCAUAUAAACACAAGUUAAAAGCCAGCCCGGCAAGUGAGCCAGCUUGAUUUGUCAAGCCAGCCCGCCACCAUAUAAACGGCACCUAAGGUGGUUAUCUCUUCAAUAAAACAGCGAUGCAGGAUGUAUCCUUGUGUACUGCUGUGGGAUCCUAGGGUAUUUUUUAUCUCCCCAAGGGUAUUUUUUAUCUCCCAAAUAAUAUAAACUGAUUAUAAAAGAUAAACUAUAAUCGAAGCUGGAGUUGGUUGAUUGUUAACUAAUGAUUGUAUGUCCAAGGCUCCUAAAAACACCUAUUUUACCUAUUUCCGGUCUAAUCGAAAAUUUUGAUAAGCUUCUACGUUUAAAGCGGCCAGUGAUGAAAUUUCCUAAAAUGAAUAAAAAUUAAGGGAUUUCUAGCGCGUAGUUUUGUUAUAAAUAUUUUCAAAAUAUAUAUAUAUUUUUGAAGGUAUAUAUAUAUUUUUUUAAUUUUUAUAGUUGUUUUAUUAUUUUAUUUUCUAUUUUUUCUAUUGCUUAUAAUUUUUUUUAGGGUCUAGAGAAUUUUUUUAUUUUCGUUAUAUUCUGUUGCGCUGCGUCGCUAAACUGAAUGAAAAUGGAGAAAAAUAUAGUUAUGAAGGUGAAAUGUUUCUUUAGGAAUGUAAAAAAUUAAAAUUGGUACUAGAAUUAAAGUAGUGAUUUUAAAAAUAAGUUUUUAACCGCCGUUUAUUUUAACAGUGUAA